CCUGACAAUCCGACUAAUAUAUGCACCUUUUAUCACACCGCAUCAGCUAUGUCUUCCCCUGGCCUGGUUGUGUCAUGCUUUGCAAUCCACAGCCACCCGCAAACAAUAGUCUGACACGAUGCUGACGCUGACGAGCUUAUCGCCUGCAGAAAAGCGGGUCGCACACGAGUCCAUGGCGAUCUGACCGGCAACCCGACGAAUCGAUAGUCCCACCCUCCACGGAGUAUACCUGAAGAAGUACAAGGCCAGUAGCAGCUGAGCUCGCUCGUAUCGCUUCGUUUGCCCACGGUUGGGUGGCCAUUUUAGCCGAUGCUGCAGCAGAGGCUGAAAUGGCAACUCAUGCCGACCCGGGCUGAAGGCUCGCCACGCAGGACUUAUAAAAGUCGCGAGGCUUUUCUCCCCCAGGAAGCUCAAGGUGACCGCAAGAGAGUCAGAAAAAAGCCACCGCCACGAUGAGGAUUCUCUGCCUUCACGGAUACGGUACCAACCCGGCCAGCAUGAACCAGCAACUGGCGGGGUUGCGCCAACACGCGCCCCCGGACUGGGAGUUCGUCUUCCUGCGCGGUCCGACCGAGUGCCAUCCCGCCGUGGGCCUAGCGAAGAGAUUCCCCGGCCCGUUCAACUGCUACGCGCGGAGCAUGUCCCCCGACCAGACCCGGGACACCUACACGCUGCUCGACCACACGAUCCGCACGCAGGGCCCCUUCGACGGGGUCUUGGGCUUCAGCCACGGGGCCGCCGUGGCCCUGUCGUAUCUGCUGGAGGGCUUCGCGGCCGUCGGCGCCGCCCCCGCGGAGUACCCCUUCCGCUUCGCCGUCUUCUUCUCGUGCAUCUUCGCCUGCUCCGCCGACCGCGCCUUUGUCGAGGAACUGUACCCCGGGCUGCGGCCGGAGGAGUGGAGCAAGGUCCGCUCGUGCGACUACGCGCAGCUGAACACGUUGCCGGACCGGCUGCGCACGGUCACGACGGCCAUCAGUCGCCUGCUGGACUGCGUGCAUCCGAUCACCCGCGAGCCGCGCGGCUUCUUCCUGGAUAAGCCCGUCCAGGAGACGCCGCUGCUGCUGUACCCUCCCGUCGUGGCGGCGAAGGUCCAGAUCCCGACGCUGCAUGUCUGGGGCCGGAACGAGCCGAAGGGGCUGCGGGAUGCGUCGUCCUGGGCGAUCCAGCUGUGUGAGAGCGGGCUGACGAGGUCGCUGGUGCAUUCCUCUGGACAUGAUGUGCCGAGGUCGGCGCCGGAGUUGGAGGGGAUUGUGUCGAUGAUGCAGGAGAUGGGGGGGGAGAGGAUCAGAGCUGUGCUGUAGAUAGCUUCGGGAUUGUGAG